CAGCUGUAUUUAACAGUAUUUAUAUUUAUUCAGCUGUAUUUAACAGUAUUCAUAUUUAUUCAGCUGUAUUUAACAGUAUUUAUAUUUAUUCAGCUGUAUUUAACAGUAUUUAUAUUUAUUCAGCUGUAUUUAACAGUAUUUAUAUUUAUUCAGCUGUAUUUAACAGUAUUCAUAUUUAUUCAGCUGUAUUUAACAGUAUUCAUAUUUAUUCAGCUGUAUUUAACAGUAUUUAUAUUUAUUCAGCUGUAUUUAACAGUAUUUAUAUUUAUUCAGCUGUAUUUAACAGUAUUUAUAUUUAUUCAGCUGUAUUUAACAGUAUUUAUAUUUAUUCACGUUUGUAUAGGCUGA